GAGGAGAGCACCCGGGACGCGGUCGCGGUGGAUGCCGCCGUCCCCAAACGGGUGAGAGCCGCCGGGGCUGCGCGCUCUGCCGGCGGUACCGCUUCUGUUUGCGCGUUGCUCGCUCUCGCUCGGCCGUUUCCUUCCUCUCCGGGGCUUUGCGGGCUGGAGGCGGCGGGUAGGGCUGCGGGAACGGCGGCCAUAGAGCGCCAUCGGCCAUAAAAAGCGCCCUCGCCCCAUGGAGCGGCCCCUCCUGCCCCGCCCCGAGCGCCGGAGCAGCGCCUUCCUCCGUCCCGGCCGCGCUGCCCUCUGCGUGCCGUGGGGCGGACCCGGCGCUGCGCUGUCACCUCCUCCCUUCACGCACCGCUUUUGUUCCUUUCAGCUGCUGGAGAUCGUCCGGAAGGAGGAUGUGGUUCUCCGCGCCGUCCUCAUCACGCAUCACCACUGGGACCACGCGCGGGGCAACGAGGAGCUGGUCAGGCUGUGCCCGGGGCUGCGGGUGUACGGUGCGGAUGAGCGCAUCGGGGCCCUCACGCACCGCGUGGCCCCCGACGAGGAGCUGACGUUCGGGGCCAUCCGUGUGCGGUGCCUCUUCACCCCGUGCCACACUAAGGGCCACAUGUGCUACUUCAUGUGGGAGGAUGGGUCUCUGGAUGCGCCGGCGCUGUUCUCAGGUGACACGCUGUUUGUGGGGGGCUGUGGGCAGUUCUUGGAAGGGACAGCAGAGCAGAUGUACACCAACCUCACUCAGGUGCUGGGGGAUCUGCCCAAGGAGACGAAGGUGUUCUGUGGCCACGAAUGCACUGUCCGGAACCUGAAGUUUGCCCUGAAAGUGGAACCAGAGAAUGAAGCGGUGAAGAAGAAGCUUGCAUGGGCCAGACAGCGGGAUGAUGAGGAUCUGCCCACGGUGCCCUCCACGCUGCAGGAGGAGUUCCUCUACAACCCCUUCCUCAGGGUCACGGAGGAGGCUGUGCAGAAGUUCACAGGCAGGAAGGAGCCGGUGGAAGUGCUGCGGGCUCUACGCACCGAGAAGGACAACUUCAAGAAGCCCAAGGAGCGGCCCCAUCCCCAGGCCAUGCUCGCCUUCGACUGGGGGCUCUUUGCCCCUUUCCUGGAGAAGAAGUGAGGCUGCACCACCCCACCACGCAGGGGUCCACAGAGCGGAGGCACACGCUGGGCUCUGCUGCCCAAAACCCACAGUGCUGCACAGACGGCCCCGCUCAGGUGUCCCUCAGCCCUCGGCUGGGACAGGGCAGGGACCCAGGAACCGCACCACUCCGUGUCCAUUGCAUUUCUUUUUCUCAAGGUAGAACACAGGAAAGCUAUUGUACGAAGCAUUGAGGUUGCUGUGUUUCUGGGAUGGCAGCGUGGGACUCCCACGCCCUGCAGCUUGCAGCGUGUGCAAAAUCAGUGCUGUUGGGCAAAACCAACAUCAUGUUUUCUUUUUUUUCCCCAUUUAAAGUCUGAGGACAGCAUGGAGCUUUUUGCUGCGGUGUUGCAUCCCAAAACGUAGCAAUGCCUUUUUCUUUACUGAGGGCAGGCAGGGCGUGCUGGUGGCUCUGUGCAUGGCUGCAUUAACCCCAUGCAGUGGUGUGGGCAGGGUGCUGCUGGGCAGCCCAUCGCUCUGCCUUUACCUUUACCUCAGUUGUGCAAAGUGCUGUGAUGCACGGGGCGGUGUUGCUGAGGGCCUGGCUGGGCCUGGCUGUGCAGCUGAAAUGCAAACAGCGGAGAAAACAGAGGAGGAGAUGGGCCCCGAAUAAUACACUGUACGGUGUCUUUUUGGACUGUGCUGAUAAAGCUGCUGACACUGGAAUAGAACCAACUUCAGAACCUUUCAUGCAUGGACUGUGAAUAGCAUCCAUAGCACCAAACCUGCUCUGUGGCAUUUCUUCCCUUGCUAGAAACUUGAUUGAGGUUUUCUUUUUUGCUUUUUUUUUUUUUAAUGUUACGUUGUUAAAAUUUACUCUUCCCUCCAGGAGGGGGAGAAUCAGUCCUGCUGCACCAGUUGCCUCAGUGCUGUUGCUUCAGAGCUGCUCUGAGGGUGCAGCUGCAGGCGAUGCCAACAGGCCGCUGUCAUUGGGCACUGCCCGGGUGCUUUGCUGUGAGCAGAGAUGUGCUGGGGCUCCUGGGGAGGGAUCCUGGCCCAGCACUGGGCUUGCUCAUGUUGGCAGCAGCUGUGUGCAGCCCAGAGGGCAAAUCUGAGCUACUGAACCCAUGGUGAGAACGAAUACCUGGGAUUGCUGCAUCGGGUCCUCUGGGCAGAGAGUCCUCUGACAGCUUCAGUACUGUGCAUUCAGUAACCUGGUCACUGGAGAAGGCAAAAGGUGGAUCCUCUUUGUUUAACCUGCAGCUCGUUCAGCUGUUCUUAACUGUGCACUUCUGGCUGGAUGUGCAUGUUCUCAGCAAAAACAGAAUGCGUUUCUUUUGCACUGAUGUACAAAGUUUAUGGACUCAGCACUUCAGCAUAUUGGACUUAGUUUGCAUUGGCACUGGCAUCUCUCUCUUGCUGUAGAUAACAGUGUUGUGGUUUAGCAUAACACUGUGUUACAGAACUAUGCAUGGAAAAGGGCAUUCAGAGCAACCACUGCUUGCAAAAUGAGUGGGGAAGGGAUGGGGGAGCAGAGGGAGAUUUUUGCCUUAGGAACACUGUGAAUCCACUGAUUGAUCAGCAACACCUGAAGUAUGUAAAGCCUUUAAUUAAAACCAUUGCAAUUGUCUUCUA